CGUAGGGGCCGGCCGGAAGACUAAGGCUGGAGCUGACGCGGCCGGGUUUGGCCGGGCCGGGCUAGGCGAUGGCGGCCGUGGAGCGGGACGGGGAUCAGCUGUCCACGCGGCCAGCCCUAGAGACCGAGGGGCUGCGCUUCCUUCACGUCACGGUGGGCUCCCUGCUGGCUACCUAUGGCUGGUACAUCGUCUUUAGCUGCAUUCUUCUCUACAUGGUCUUUCAGAAGCUCUUCACCCGGCUGAGGGCCUUGAGGCAGAGGCAGCUGGAUCGAGCUGCCGCUGCUCUGGAACCUGAUAUUGUUGUUAAACGACAGGAGGCUUUAGCAGCUGCUCGUUUGAAAAUGCAAGAUGAAUUAAAUGCACAAGUUGAAAAGCAUAAGGAGAAACUAAGACAGCUUGAAGAAGAGAAAAGGAGACAGAAGAUUGAAAUGUGGGAUAGCAUGCGAGAAGGAAAAAGUUACAAAGGAAAUACAAGAAAGCCUCAGGAAGAAGACAGUCCUGGGUCUUCUACUUCAUCAGUCAUCCCAAAACGAAAAUCUGACAGAAAGCCCUUGCGGCGAGGAGGUUACAACCCUUUGUCUGGUGAAGGAGGUGGAGCCUGCUCCUGGAGACCUGGACGCAGAGGUCCAUCGUCUGGUGGAUGAGGCUAAGAAUCUUGGUGAUGGUGGCUUCGUACAAUGAACUUGGGAGUGUCCCUCCCUCUGCGAUUUUUUGGAAGAGUUUGAGAAGGAUAGGUGUUAGCUCUUCUCUAAAUGUUUGAUAGAAUUCGCCUGUGAAGCCGUGUGGUCCUGGACUUCUGUUUGUUGGAGGCUUUUUAAUUACACUUUCAGUUUCAUUCGUUGUGAUAGGUCUGUUUAUAUUUUCUAAUUCUUCCUGGUUCAGUCUUGGAAAAUUGUACCUUUCCAACAAUUUGUCCAUUUCUUUGUGGUUGGCAAUUUUAUUGGCAUAUAGUUGUUUGUAGUAGUCUCUUAUAAUCCUUUGUAUUUCUGUGGUGUCAGUUGUGAUUUCUCCUCUUUCAUUUCUAAUUUAAUUGAUUUGUAUCCUCUCUCUUUUUUUUGGUGGGGGGGUACAUGGGCUUCUCACUGUUGUGGCCUCUCCCGCCGCGGAGCACAGGCUCCGGACGCGCAGGCUCAGCGGCCAUGGCUCACAGACGUAGCCGCUCCGUGGCAUGUGGGAUCUUCCCGGACCGGGGCACGAACCCAUGUCCCCUGCAUUGGCAGGUGGACUCUCAACCACUGCACCACCAGGGAAGCCCCUCUCUCUUUUUUUCUUGAUGAGUCUGGCUUAGGCUUUAUCAAUUUUUUUAUCUUCUCAAAGAACCAGCUUUUAGGUUUAUUGAUCUUUGCUAUUGUUUUCCUCGUUUAUAUUUCAUUUAUUUCUGCUCUGAUCUUUAUGAUUUCUUUCCUUCUACUGACUUUGGGUUUUCUUUGUUCUUCCUCUAGUUGCUUUAGGUGUAGCAUUAGAUUGUUUAUUUGAGAUUUUUCUUGUUUCUUGAGGUGAGAUUGAAUUACUAUAAACUUCCCUCUUAGAACUGCUUUUCCUUCAUCCCAUAGGUUUUGGGGUGUCGUGUUUUCAUUGUCAUUUGUCUCUAGGUAUUUUUUGAUUUCUUCAGUGACCUCUUGGUUAUUUAGUAGCAUAAUGUUUAGCCUCCAUGUAUUUGUGUUUUUUACAGUUUUUUUCCUGUAAUUGAUUUCCAGUCUCAUAGCAUUGUGGUCAGAAAAGAUGCUUGAUAGGAUUUUAAUUUUCUUAAAUUUUCCAAGGCUUGAUUUGUGACCCAAGAUGUGAUCUAUCCUGGAGAAUGUUUUGGUGUGCACUUGAGAAGAAAGUGUAUUCUGACGCUUUUGGGUGGAAUGUUCUAUAAAUAGCAAUUAAAUCUAUCUGGUCUAUUGUGUCAUUUAAAGUUGGUUUUUCCUUAUUUAUUUCCUGUUUGGAUGGUCUGUCCGUUGGUGUAAUUGGGGUGUUAAAGCCCCCUACUAUUGUGUUACUGUUGAUUUCCCCUUUCAUGGUUGUUAGCAUUUGCCUUAUGUAUUGAGGUGCUCCUAUGUUGGGUGCAUAAAUAUUUGUAAUUGUUAUAUCUUCCUGGAUUGAUCCCUUGAUCAUUAUGUAGUUUCCUUAUCUCCUGUAACAGUCUUUAUUUUAAAGUCUAUUUUAUCUGAUACAAAUAUUGCUACUCCAGCUUUCUUUUGAUUUCCAUUUGCAUGGAAUAUCUUCUUCCAUCUCUUCACUUUCAGUCUGUAUGUGUCCCUAGGUCUGAAGUGGGUCUCUUGUAGACAGCAUAUACAUGGAUCUUGUUCUUGUAUCCAUUCAGCCAGUCUGUGUCUUUUGGUUGGGGCUUUUAAUACAUUCACAUUCAAGGUUAUUAUCAAUAUGCAUGUUCCUAUUACCUUUUUCUUAGUUGUUUUGGGUUUGUUAUUGUGGGUCUUUUCCUUCUUUUGUGUUUUCUGCCUAGAGAAGUUUCUUUAGCAUUUGUUGUAAAGCUGGUUUGGUGGUGCUGAAUUCUCUUCACUUUUGCUUGUCUGAAAAGCUUUUGAUUUCUCUGUUGAAUCUGAAUGAGAUCCUUGCUGGGUAGAGUAAUCUUGGUUGUAGGUUUUUCUCUUUCAUCACUUUAAGUAUAUCCUGCCACUCCCUUCUGGCCUGCAGAGUUUCUGCUGAACAAUCAGCUGAUACCUUUAUGGGGAUUCCUUUGUAUGUUAUUUUUUAUUUUUCCCUUGCUGCUUUUAGUAUUUUUUCUUUGAGUUUAGUUUUUGUUACUUUGAUUAGUAUGUGUCUUGGUGUUUUUCUCCUAGGGCUUAUCCCUCAGGACUGUCUGCACUUCCUGGAUUUUUGUGACUAUUUCCUUUCCCACUUUAGCGAAGUUUUUGACUAUAAUUUCUUCAAAUAUUUUCUCAGACCCUUUCUUUUUCUCUUCUUCUUCUGGGACACCUAUAAUUCGAAUGUUGGUGCGUUGUUGUCCCAGAGGUCUCUGAGGUUGUCUUCAGUUCUUUUCAUUCAUUUUUCUUUAUUCUGCUCCUCGGUAGUUAUUUCCACCUUUCUGUCUUCCAGCUCACUUAUUCGUUCUUCUGCCUCAGUUAUUCUGUUAUUGAUUCCUUCUAGUGUAUUUGUCAUUUCAGUUAUUGUGUUGUUCAUUUUGGUUUGUUCUUUAGUUCUUCUAUAUCUUUGUUAAACAUUUCUUGUAUUUUCUCAAUCCGUGCCUCCAUUCUAUUUCCGAGAUUCUGAGUCAUCUUUACUAUCAUUACUUUGAAUUCUCUUUCAUGUAGAUUGCCUAUUUCCUCUUCAUUUAUUUGGUCUUAUAGGUUUUUACCUUGCUCCUUCAUCUAUGGCAUAUUUUUUUUGCCGUCUCUUUUGUUUUUGUUUUUUUUUUGAUGGGUGGGAUUGUGUUCCUCCUGUCUUACUGGUUGUUUGGCCUGAGGCUUCCUACACUGGAGUUUGUAGGCUGUUGGGUAGAGCUGGAUCUUGGUGCUGAGAUGAGGACCUCCAGGAGACCUCACUCUGAUGAAUAUUACCUGGGGUCUGAGGUUCUCUGUUAGUUCAGUGGUUCAGACUCAGGGGUCCCACUGCAGGAGCUUUGGCCCGACCCCUGGCUCAUGAACCAAGAUCCUGCAAGCCAUGUGCGGUGGCAGUUCGCUUGGGGGUCCUCCUGUCUCCUUGGGCAUCGAGGUCCCCACCAAAGCUGGUUCUUUGAAAAGAUAAACAAAACUGAUAAACCUUUAGCCAGACUCAUCAUGUAAAAAUGGGAGAGGGCUAAAGUCAAUAAAACUAAAAAUGAAAAAGAAGUUACACCUACAUCACAGAAAUACAAAGGAUCAUAAGAGACCACUAACAGACAACUAUAUGCCAAAAAAAAUGGACAACCUGGAAGAAAUGGACAAAUUCUUAGAAAGGUGCAGUCUCCCAAGACUGAACCAGGAAGAAAUAGAAAAUAUGAACAGAAUAAUCCCAAGUACUGAAAUUGAAACUGUGAUUAAAAACUCCCAACAAACAAAAAUCCAGGACCAGCUGGCUUCACAGGCGAAUUCUAUCAAACAUUAGAGAAGAGGUAACACCUAUCCUCAAACUAUUCCAAAGAAUUUUCCCAAACUCACUCUAUGAGGCCACCAUUACCCUGAUAUCAAAACCCGACAGGAACUUCCUUGAUGGUCCAGUGGGUAAGACUCCAUGCUCCCAAUGCAGGGGGCCCUGGUUCGAUCCCUGGUCAGGGAACUAGAUCCUGCAUGCCUGCAUGCCACAACUAAGAGUUCACAUGCCGCAACUAGGAGUGCAUGCCAGACACCGGGAACUCUGCUCAAUAUUCUGUAAUAAUCUAAAUGGGAAAAGAAGUUGAAAAAGGAUAGAUACAUGUACAGGUAUAACUGAAUCACUUUGAUAUACACCUGAAACUAACAACAUUGUUAAUCAAUUAUGCUCCAAUAUAAAAUAAAAAUUAAAAAAAAAGACUGUACUGUGAUGAGGGCUACAAAUGGAAAAUACAUAUCGCAAUGAGAAAUGAUCUGACUUGGGAUGCCUAACUUACCUAUACUCUGUAGCCACAGAUUCCACUUUUGUGAAAUGUGAGAGUUGGAAACAUUAGGAAGUAAUUUAGAGAUGAAAUAACUUCACCGCAAACCAGGAGAGUCUUUCCAGUUUUCAGUGUUAGUACCUGUUCCUGACAUGCUUCUCAGUAGAAAGUCCUCCUUGGGGGUCUAAUGGUAAUGUGAAAACACAGACCUUAACAAAUGUCUUAGGGAACUUUAUUGGCCCCACACUGCCUUUUUAGCAUCACAGGAGGAAGUAAUACAAUACCAUGAGACCAGCUUCUGGAGUAAAUUUCUGCAAAUGUUGAUAUAGGGUAAGCCCCCUUCAUUUUUUUUUUUUUUUCCCUGUACGUGGGCCUCUCACUGCUGCGACCUCUCCCACCACAGAGCACAGGCUCCGGACGCGCAGGCCCAGCAGCUAUGGCCCACGGGACAAGCCGCUCCGCGGCAUGUGGGAUCUUCCCAGACCGUGGCACGAACCCUUGUCCCCUGCAUCAGCAGGCGGACUCUCAACCACUGCGCCACCAGGGAAGCCCAAGCCCCCUUCAUUUUAAAAUAUUUAUUCCAAACCUCCUUUCAGUUUAUUCCAGGCCUCUUCUCACCAUAAUCAAAACAAUUUGUAAACCCCAUGAUAAAAAUAGGACUUGUAAUAAAAAAAAUGUAAGAGAAGCGAGCUUGCCAGUGCAACCUCUGAUUUGGAAGAUGUAGUCCUUAGCUUCUUCAGUGUCCCAAACCACCCUGGACUUGGUGAGUUGUAACAACCACAUAUCCCUACUAUUCUGCUGGGCUUGGCACAGUUGAUCUUGGCUGCACUCACUAUGCAUCUGUGGGUCAGCUUGUGGGUCAGCUAGAGACUAGCUGGACCCAAAUGGCCUCACUCAUGUCUGGCAGUUGGCUAGCUAUCUGCUGGGGCAACAGGUGUUUCUUGAUCUCCAGCAGGCUACUCGGGCUCGUCCACAUUGUGGUUCAAUUCCGAGCGCAGUGCCAAAGCAUUUCAAGUUUCCAUUUGCUUCACAUUUUGCUACCAUCUCAUUGACCAAAGCAAUUUUAAGGCUAGUUCUGUUGCAAAGGAUGGAGGAAGACUCCACCUCUUGAUGGGAGGAACCGUCAAGCCACUGUGCAAGGGUAGAGAUGCAGCAAGGGGAAGAAACUAGCCCUUUGCAGUAGUGGUGUAAAUCCUCAUGGGUCUUGUAACAUCCACAUUUUAGUCUCUGAAAUCUCUCCAGUCUGGGUUAAAGCUGCCCCAACCCAGUCCUUGAGACCCUUCCCAAGAUUUACAAUCAAGAGAAUUGCUUAGCACACAUGAAGACUCCUGCUCUGACAAGUACACUACACCCCAAUCCCAAAAGGAGCCUAGAUAAUGGCCUGCAUGAGUCAGGGCUCCAGCAGGAAACAUGGCACAUUCAGACUGGGUGGCUGAGGAGUGGUCGAUAAAAGAGCUAUUUGCAAAUGUGUGGGUGGGGUUUAGAGAAACUUACCCAAAAACUGGCUUCAACUCUUGGUAGGUGUCGAACCAAAAGAUACAACCAAGCCAAAGAUCAGGAGAAGGAAGGAUUUAUUACUUGCAGCAAUUAAGGAGAACACUGGGGAUUAUCCCCGAAGUGGUGUCUCCUAGAAUAGCAAAACUGGGGAAGUUUUAAGCUAAGCAUACCUGCAUAUUCAUGAAGAGGUUUGGGCGGUUGACAGAGUCCAAGCUUUAGUUGUUUGAAGUCAUGAGGGUCAGAAAAUGUCAACAUCAUCAUCCCUUAGGUUCCAGUUGAUCUGGUGGUUGAGUACUUCAGGCUAAUCUUUACCAUUGAAACAGAACUGGGAGUCUUUACACCUGAUAUAUUAUCUUUGCUGUUGUUACUUCUCUUGCCUGAUAACAGUUGUUUUCUGUGUUCCUUUGUUCCCUUAAGAUCAUUAAUUACUGAGAUGUUCAAGGGUGAGCAUUGUGGCCAGGCUUAGAUCACAAAAUGGCUUAGGUCAAAAAUGGCUUCUGAUGUUAAGAAAGCCAUGCCUGGUUCUCUUUCUUUCUACCUAAUCUGCUUACAAAACCAACAAGGGAUGGGCACAGCUAGCAACACUGGGGAGCCAUUGAUAGUCUCCUCUCCUUUGCCCUCUC